AUGGCGUUGUUGCGGGCCGGGCGCGCGAUGCUGGGCGCGGGAGAGAGGCUCGUAGGACUCUCAUGGCCGUCGUGGGGCGGUUGCGCCGCGGCGAGGCGCGCCGCGGGCGGGUUCUCCACGGACACGUCCAGUAGCGAUAGCAGCAGCGACGAUUCCGACGCAGAGAUGGGAACCGACGACUUCAUAGAGGACGCGGGCGAAGACAACCUCGACCGCAGGGACUGGCGCAAGUGGGUCGAGACGCAGCUCAGCCGGCCCCCCUCCGCACAACCCGCGCUCGCGCACGACCCCGCGCAGCCGCCCGCGGAGCCCGGGAACGACGGAGCCGCGCGCGAGGCUCCGUGGCCGGUGCCGGAGCUUCCUUCGCCGUCGCCGCACGGCGGCGGCCCCGCGAUGUUCUCGUAUCUAGGCGUGCCUGAGGAGCAGCUGUUGGGAGUCGUCGCGCAGCGCGAGGACGCGCGCGGCAGCGGGCGCUCGAUCAAGACGGUCCUCCCGCAGCGCGCGCUCGAGGCAGGGCUGCACCCCGGGAGGAAGUUCCGGCCGGUGCCGCAGGACCGGUACGUCCCUGCGGAGCUCCUGCCGUCCAAGCUGGACGAGCGGCGCGUCGCGAAGGCACGUGCCAUGUCGAGGAAACCGAAGCCGCACGCGUACGCGCCCGUGGACGAUCUGACCGCCGAGCUGGGCUGCUCCGUGUACAACACAGCGCUGCUCUCGAAGUUCCUGUCGCAAGGUGCGCAGAUAGCACCGCAACGGCUGACGCGGCUGAACGUGUGGCGGCACAAGAAGGUCGCGCGGGAGAUCCGCAAGGCGCGGACGCUCGCGCUGCUGCCGUACGAGGGCCGGAUCCCCGACCCCAGCCUCCCGCGCAAGCGCUGA